UGUCCUAUCACCUCUCUCCUAUCACCUCUCAUUCUCUCGUUCCGUUCGUUUGCAGAUGGUUGUGGAGUAAGGUGGCUGAGGACUUGUAUGUGUGUGAGUGCGUGCGCGUGGAAGGACACAUCCUCCCCUUGGAGAGAAAGAGAAAACAGAAAAAGAGAGAAAGAGAGAGAGGAAGAAGCAGCUGCUCUUCAGUAACAGGGUAAGAGCAGCUAAAUCCAGUCUCUGCCAUGGAUACUAACGCUGGGGAAGGGGAGGGAUCAGGAGAAGAGCUUACAGGGAGGAAGAAGUCUCGGUUCAAGCAGCUGAAGAGUCGUCUGUUUGGCCGUCUGAAGUGGAAGGAGACCGAAGGACUGAUAAAGCAGAGCCAGUCCGCAAGUGAUGUCACUGCUGAUGUCAUAGCUCCGGGGGUCGACGACUCAGAGGAUGACUGUCUGGGCGGUCCGAAGACACUGGGGUCCAGAGCUCUGUCACAUGACAGCAUCUUCCUGGCUGACCAAUCACAGAGCUCCUCUGAACCGACAAGGAUUCUGUCUCAGGAGAACGUACAUGGCAGGAUACGAGAACUGCAGCUGAAGCUGCAGCAGCAGAACAUGCGUCUGGGCCCUCCCCCCUUGCUGAUCCCUGGGAAGAGACUGGAAGAUUCCGGAGCCACCUCUGAGGAUGAUGGUUUGCCCCAGAGCCCUCCAGAUAUUGUGUUCCAUGACAGAACAGCACAGGGGCCUUCCUACAAGUUCCCUGACACUCACAGGCACCAUAGCUCUCUGAGUUUAGCAGGGACAGGAAGUGAGGAAGAGGAGCAGUGCCUCUCCCAGCCCUCGUCCCGUCCUCUCUCCCCGAAUCCUGCUUCCCUCUGUGAUCCGGAGCCCUCCCCUGCAGUGGACUUCACCAGCCCAGCCCAGUACACUCCCAGUCUGGACAGCUCUGCUGCCCGUCACCGCAUGUCUGUCAAACCCAGGAACCAGAGGGCCAGCGCCAAGGGAAGGAAAGGUCCCCCGAGAGCAAGCAGACCUUGCUCAGAGAGCCUGAGUGAUCUGGACCCAGACCAGCCCCUGUCUGGGAGGGAGGAAGAGCAGGACGGAACGGAGGACGAGGACAGAGAGGAAGAGGAGGAGAGGGAGCGACCGUUCUCUUCAUCUCCAGAAGACUCUGAGGAGAAGCCCUGGCAGUCAGUACCCCCUGGUGGUCAGAAAGCGGUAUUACAGAGACAAAAGUCCUCCGAACCAGAGGGACGCGUCACCACCAACCCUCUCUACCUCCAGGAUAUGUCAUUAGUGGUAGACCUCUCCUCUGUUCCAGAGCCCAUGACCAAGAACUACAUCCUGGAGACCCCCAGCCAGUCCUCUUCCCCUUCAGCAGCAGUGGAGGAGCCACAGAAGCCCCAGGAACCUAUCCGGAUCAAACAACCCAGUACAGUCAUCCAUACACACCCAAGUCAAGACAAGAGAGACAUCCAGGAUAAUUCAGACCAGGGAAGUCGGCCUGGUUCUACAUCUGAAAAGACCCUCUCCAUGCCUCUCAGUCCUGUGUAUGGAUCAGAUAAUGUCACUUCCACCACAAAUCAACUGCCCUCAAAAGAGAAGCCAGAAGAGAAUAUGACCCCAGCCACCUCUAACAAAAGAGACAGGUUGAGCAGAAACACACAGGGUCUGAGCCUAGCAGACACCAGCAGCUCUACACACCACUCUGCUCGACCUACCCCUGCCCCUUGCGUUAUAAAACAAACACAGAGACCUGCUUCUGAGAGAGAGUCUGUCAGAGAAACUACAGCAGUCCCACCGUCGGGCGUUAAUGAAGAAACCUCCAAAUUGGACCUGGUGCAGAGGACUACAGGGCCACCUACUGGCCAAGAAGACACACUGCCUGGAGCAAACAGUUUCUCCACCUCCUCCUUGAGACAGCGUUCCAAGAGCGUCGCUGGCAGUGCCCACACAGGGACGAGAGACGAGGAGAUGAAUGGAGAAGGAAAGGGAGGGGAGGGUUUGGUGGCCAAGAACCCUGAUCAGGGCUCUGUCCGUAGGCAAGGGGUAAAACCAGAGCAGGCCACAUUUAAAGGCCUGGAGGAAAACCAAUCACAACCCUCGCCUCAGGAGAGAAAAGUAAAAACAGAGGUAGAAGUAGUGGAGGAGACAGGACUGAAGGGAGGAGAGAAAAGGGAUGGACAGAGCGAGAGAAAGGAGGAGAAUGAUCAGGAGCAGGGGAGGAGGAGUGCUUUCGGAGUGAAGCUGCGCACAACUUCUCAGUCUCUGAAGUAUCGCUUGCAAAGGGACCAAGAAUUCAGGGUUGAGAGUCAUAGUGUGGAGGUCAUCGCCAUGACAACUGCAGAACCAGUCAAAGGUGAAAUUGACACAAGUUCAAAGGUCAGGGGUGACUUUGCAAAUAAGGCUUUGAGGAAGGGCCCCUCACAAGUGUCAGACUGCCCCCCCUCGUCCACUGCCACCCCCCCAUACACCCCUGACAGAAACAGACUCAAAGAGAACCAAGAUGGUGAUGAUACUGACCUGGUAGUAGAUGCCUUUUUAAGCCCAGACAAAGGCCCAUCAUCCAGACCUGCUCUGAGAGGGGCUGAGACCCCUGGGUCUAAUGGGUCAGCUGGAUCAGAGCCUGUCUGGAUGUCCAUGGCCCGGGAGAAGACCAGGAGUCUCCAACAGCAUCUCACUCCAGAGACAGAGCAUGGGACAGGGGGGACAACAACGCCCCAGUACACCCCAUCACCACGGCCAGCUCCAACCCCAGCCCCACAGCCUAGAUUACAACCAACAGCUCAGCCAUCAACACAACCUCCAUUACAAUCACAGCCAAGCACAAAAACAGCCUCACAAAAACAAACAUCACCCCCAGUGGUACAACUACCCUCUCAACCAAUACCAAGGACUAGACCAAUCCUACGGGGAUUGCAACUGACAGCUAAACUCAAAACAUUACCUUCAGAACAGCCUAACACACAAACAGCAUCACAACUAACACCACAAGGAACAGCUCAACAGCUGACACAACCGUCCUCCCAGCCUCACAUGCCAACCAGACCAACUCUACGAGGAGCGUCUGAGAGAUCCGCCACGUCUCUAAAGAGAGCCGAGAAGAUGCCUGUGGAGAAAUGGACAGACAGAGCACUCUCGACUGGGACUAUGGGGAAAUCUGGCAAUGGUCAAAUUGAGAUUCAAAUCGCAAAGCCUGAGAUAUCUUCUUCAUCACCCCCUACAUCGUCAUCAUCAUUGUCACACCGGGGUCAGCCAACCUGGAUGGAACUUGCCAAGAGGAAAUCUCUGGCCUGGAGUGACAAGACUAUGGACUAAGAGAAAUGCACGUGUGUGUGUGUGUGUGUGUGUGUGUGUGUGUGUGUGUGUGUGCGCUCGUGCGUGUCUGUGUGUGUGUGAGGGAGGUAAGGGGGUUGCUAAAGAGAGUAAGAAUAAGAUAAAAUAAUGAUUUGGUGCUGACUGUAUAAUUUGAACCUACUAGAUUCAGAGUAUGAGUUGAAAACCUCUUUCCCAUUUCUGUGCCUUACUCUUUCAACCAUGAAAUAAAAAAACUAAUUAUA